AUGGCGCUCUUCCGAGGCACGUUGCCCAACAUGGUGCGCAUCGUGCCGUACUCGGCCGUCAUGUUUACGACGUACGAAGCCGCCAAGAAAUUUUUGAUCGAGUGCGCCUAA